AUGGACACCGAAAGUGGUAUAAAAAGAAAAAGAAACGAUGCUAGCACAGAUAAUUACUACAAAACAGACAAAACAUGUCAAGAAAAUAUACAAAAGAAAAAAACAGGUAAAAAGAAAAGGAAAUCCCCAGUGCAAGAAAAUGAGGAUUCGUUAAAGCAACUGAAACAAUUUAGCAGCAAUAUUCCUGCUGAAACAAAUAUCUCAAAAGAAGAGACUAAUGAGAAGGCAAAGGUUCCAGAAAAACCAUCUAAAAGGCAGUUAAAACGAGAAAAGGCCAUUCAACGGGCUAUUCACGAGGUUAAUCAGAAAAAGGAAAGUAGUAGGAUAAAUGCCAUGCAGAAGGCAUUGAAUUAUAUAUCUAUGUGGAAACAUUCAAGAACCGAAUGGAAAUUCGAGAAGCUCAAACAGAUUUGGCUGAUGGAUAAUUUAUUGGACGAAAACUCUAUUCCUGAUACAAGUUUUCCUCUUGUUCUUGAAUAUUUUGAGGGUUGUAAAGGCAUGGCACGUGAAGUAUUAUUACGAAAGGGAAUGGAAAUUAUAAGAAAGGCUGAAGAAAAAAGAGAUAAUGAAAAUGAAAAUGAAAUUAUAGAAUCGGUUGCUUACAAACGAGCGAGACAACUUUUACAAGCUUUACCAACUGAUAGAUAGUUUUAAGUUUAAAAAAAAUUUUAUCAAUAAAAAAAGUAUUAAAAAAUCGUA